UCUUUUCAUUCUUCCUAUUUUUCCUGCCGCCGCCUCCUUCUUUUCCCCUUCUUCUUCCUCUUCCUGCCGCCGCCACCCUCCUCCAUGGCUGUCUCCCUCUCUCACCUGCUGCUCCCCGUCGUCGUGCCUCCCCUCGCGCCCUCCAUCUCCCCUCUCCACCUCGGCCGAGCCGCCUCUCCCGUCGCCGCGCACCUCCCCUCACUCCACGCAACCACCGCGCCGCCCAAGCUCCGCGCGCGCCUCCCGCUCCCCUCGCCUUUCCGCUCCGCCUCCCCCUUCACCAAGCACGGCGCCGCCCGACCGUGCCUCUUCGCCUCGCUCCACGCCGUCGCCCGCGCCCCCUCGUCUCGCCGGCGACCGCCCCUUCGCGAGCUCCGCCGCCACCACCUCGCCUCGCGUCCGGCGCCUCCCCUUGUUCCUGGCCGCGUCGCCCGCCUGCCCGCACCUCCACCUCACCGGCGCCGCCUCUCCCCGUCGGCCGCGCGCGCGCCUCCCUUCCUCCUCUGCUCCGCCCGCGCCUGCUGCUCGCCCUGGCCGCCUCGCUGUUCUGCCUCACCGGCCCGAGCUCCUCCGGCCUCCUCUGCUGCCGUCGCCCGAACCCCUCCCUUGCUCCUCGCCUCCGCAUCGUCUCCAAGCCAGCAAGCCCAGGCCGUAGGCCCAGCUCCCUCCUCCUUGGCCCAUCUCCUCCAGCCCGCAGGCCCAAGACAACGCCUCCAUGUGCUUGCUGCUGUGCUGAUGUUGCCGCCGCUCCGCGUGUGCUUCGCCGUGCCGCUGCCCAAGACCUUGCCGUGCGCCGCGAAGACCGACGAACCCCGGAGUCGGAGCCAUGAACGACUACGUCGCCUACGUGUACAACUACUUCGCCUACGACAACUACAUCGCCCAGGUGUGCGACUACUUCCUCUACUUCGUCUACAUCGCGACGCCGCAACGAGUCCAAGGUAUAACGAGCGACCGUUUUGUGGCGUAGACGUAGGUUGUGAUAUUGAAAUGCAUGUGUUGUAUGAGAUGACCGUGGUUGUAUCGAUAAUAUUAGUUGCAGGUACGUCGUUGCCACCGGCGUGUGCAACCCCGUUCGACUCGUUUGUUUGGUGUGUUGUUCCUGUUUUAAAGCAUGCAUUGCACCUAUUCAUGUCAUUGUCAUGCAUCCUAAUACAACUAUAACAUUGUUGUGUGUAAUUGAUCAAUUAAACUCUAUUUCCUGCAUAUAGAGUUGUAUAGAUGCUAGGUGUAGAGUAUUUAACUUGGUAAUUGUAAAUCGGAUUUACUAUCGGAAUACUUAAUAUGUCAUGCAUCAUCCCUUUGUCAUGCAUCAUUCUUUGAUUGCGCAUAUUAACCAC